AUGGAUGACUUCAUUGAGAGAAUUCAAAACAUCCAACUCACUGAAGAAGAAGGAGAAGUAGUACAAGUGCUACUGUCCCAUCGAGAGAAAAUUAUUGAGGAAUGCUCUCUCACACUUCUGGGCUGGUUCCUCACAACGAAGCCAUAUAACCAGAGAGCGGCAAAGGCUAUACUACGUGCUGCAUGGAAGUUGGGGAACGACUUGAAGAUUGUUGACGUGGGAGAAGGGCUAUUUCAGUUCCGAUUUAAAAUGGAGAGUCAAUUAUUAUGGGUAAUGCACAAUGGUCCCUGGAGCUUUGAUAAUAAUCUGUUGGUCCUUCGCCGAUGGGAGAGGGGUCUCACGGCCAACUCAGUUACCUUCACAACCCUUCCUAUUUGGGUCCAAGUGUGGGGCUUACCGUUUGACUUGAUCGAUGAAGAGGCAGGGUGGGAUAUUGGCAGAGGAUUAGGGAACGUGGUGGAGGUGGAUAAUAAAACUUUCUCUUUGGAUCAAGCCCGGUUCAUUAGAAUCCGAAUUGAGAUUCCUCUAGACAAACCAAUUCGACAGGGUGGCUGGGUUGCAAAUCCAGAGGGUGACCAAGUAUGGAUAGGCUUCAAAUAUGAGAGGUUGGUCGGAUUAUGCUACCAAUGUGGGAAGUUUGGUCAUGACGCCAAGGACUGCCCAGACCAACGGAAUGGACCAAUGGCAGAUAGGCCUUACGGAGAAUGGCUGAAGGCGGGCUAUCGUAGGAAGGAAGUAGGGGCAAAACCGAGUGCUCACCGCCCACCUGCGACGAAGAAAACGCCGGAAACCACUACUGCAACCACAGUUCAGACAGGUGGAGAUGCCGUUAAUGGUAUUAAUUUCCAGCCUGGCAACGAUUUAAGGCCAACGGUUGUUACAGAGCUACAAGAAACGGAUGAAGCAUUAAACCACGGAGUCAAUUGCACACAAUCAAUGGGGGGUGACCAUCCUCAAAUGGAAAGUGCAGUUAUUGAAAUGGAUUUUUCCGUUUAA